AUGCAGCAAGCGAUGCACUACGGGAUGGUGAUCGUUACCGUGCUGGUGUGGCGCUACUACUUCAUGAACUGCGCGUGGCGCGGCUUCUACGCUGGUUGCCCAGGGCUGCUUAUCGUCUCCCAGUUGAUUGUGGCGAUUCUCGUGAGCAAAGAUAUCCUCCGUGACCCCGUGUUCUAUCGGAUCAUGACAUUGUUCAGCAGCGCUUCAGCCGCUAUCGGCUGGCUCAGUAGCGUGGUUCCGCUGACGGAGAUCAUCCAGGAAGGCUCGGAGGGUGCCAUGGUCGGCCUUACCCUGUCGCUAUAUUUCCUGGUGGACAUUUUCAUACAAACCAACUCGGUCGGUCUGUUCGAGGGAAGCAACUUCUACAACAUCGCCGAGUUCCUCCCUCCGCUUAUUUACGUCGUCUGCAUGCGAGCACCCUUCUAG